AUGUCACGAGUUCCUGUCAACGGUUCCCGGGCGAAGGCUGUAUCGGCCAAGAAGAGCUCGAAGAAGCCCGCCAACAUUACAACACAGGCCGCCACAAGCGAGCCAGCUAAUGGCAGCACGCCGGCAGCGGCCAGCAUAGACACUCAGCAGACGAAAGACGUAGCAGACGAAGAAACCGCCCCCGCGAAGCAGGCCCCGCCGCCGAGCAAGUCACUCAAGCGGCAGCACAACCCCGCUCCGCGGCCUGCGCAGGGGAAGAAGCAGGUCAGUACCGCGGAGAAGCCGGUGGCGAAGAAGAGGAAGACGAGCUUCGGCGUCGUGCUGCGGGAGCUUCGGAAGAGUAUCAAGGUCGGAGAUUUCGUAUCUGUCUUGGGGGACGUAUCGCUGAGAGGCAGCUGGGAGAAGGUGUGGAUCAAGGGCGAGGUCGUGCGCGAGAUGAUUGAUUGAUCAUUUGUUUCGAAAUGCUGGUGUUGCGGCGUGCCGUGGAGUUGCCGCCCUGUAUCCCUCCACGCUAGGUGUUGGCAAGUCAGUAUGUAGGUGUGUCUUUAUUAUUCGCAUCGACCGCGCUACCCGGUGGCCAAUGGAAAGACGUCAGUGCCAGCGGGAAAUAUC